AUCUACUGGGUCAUCUGCCGCGACCACUACUGAGACAGACGAGGGAAAGUCAUUGAAAACUAUCAUGCAGCCGCCCAGAGAUGACCUUGACCCGCCCAAAUACAACCCGAUCACGCUCAAAGAACUGCAAGAGUACGACGGUUCAGACCCGUCCAAGCCCAUAUACGUAUCCAUCAAAGGCGAUGUAUUUGACGUCACUAGGAAGAAGGAUGUCUACGGGAAGGGUGGCUCCUACAAUACUUUUGCUGGAAAAGAUGGCUCCAAGGCCCUCGGGAUGUCGAGUCUCAAGCCUGAAGAUGCAGUGCCCGAUUAUAGCACCCUACCAGAGAACGAAAUGAAAGUUCUUGAUGACUGGCACUCCUUCUUUUCGAAACGUUACAAUAUUGUCAGAAGGGUUACUGAUAUGCCAGAAGCAGUAGCCCCACUGCGAAGUACCGCAGCAAAUGCGGAAACAGAUUCUUCCUAA